CUUCGUUAAACCCUACCUGAAUACCUUCUCCGUUAAACCCUGUUACCCUCUCCGAAGGCCAUCGGCCAAACUCCGAAAUCUAGCACAUUCAGAUAUGGCCGAUUUAUCGGUCAAAUUGGCGAAAAAGAAGAAGAGAAAGCUAACUUCUCAGCAAGAGGAAAUAAGACCAACUAAAGCCCACCGUAUUAAUUUACCAGAGAACGAACCGGCAGUAGUUGAAGUAGAACCGGACCAGAAUCUCGAAGAAGAGCGUCCAUGGAGGAAUUUAAAGCUGAUUCUCUCGAUACAGAACAAAGAUAUUGAUAUUCAAAAGAAGGUGGAACUAGUAUUUUGUUUCGUUAAUUCGAGAGCGAAAGGAGGAGAAAGUGAUGAGAAUGAGGAGAAUGAAACGGUGAAAACAUCAAGAUUAAUUGUUUUUCUGAGUGAUUGGGUUCAGUCAUUAUUGAUUUCUACCGAAAAGAAAGGUAAAGUUGAUGGAGGGAAAAAUCAGUCGGGAGUUAUUGAGACAUGCUUGGACUUCAGAUGCUGGGUGAUUUUCAAGUUCUGUUUGGAGGAGUCUUUGAAAUGGCACGUUUCUUUGAGUAUAUCACGGAAUCUUUUGCGCGCUAUUGGUUGUAUUGCAAGAAAUGCAUUGUCUUUGGUGAAUGAGAAUUCUUCAGGUUUCAAAGAGUCGUUUUCUGUUGGUGGAGGUUAUGAAUUGUAUAGUGUUGUACUUGAUUGUCUUUCUUUGGUAUUCUCAUGGGAAGGUGGCUUGUUGAAUGAAAAUCUGGACUUGUGGAUUUCCACUGUUGAUCCAAUUCUUCAACUUGUUCUCAAAAUUCACUCUCAGAAGAGUGAUGGUGGCUAUGCAGAUGCUUUUGUCCUGCAAUUCUCUUGUUUGGUGCUUGAGCCAUUUGCCAAGUUUUUAAGGACUCAUCCAACUCGGAAAAAUGGGUUUCGCGAUUUUGUGGAUAAACUUCUUGAGUCACUUUUGCACUUGUUGGGUAUGUUGAAAUUUCAGAGCGAUGCUAAUAUUUCCGAUCAGACAAGAAACCUUCUAAUCUUGCUUGAAGAAGUUCUGUCUAAUGGGUUGUUCCAUCCAACCCAUAUUGAUGGAUUUCUGGGCUUGCGUGCUACAGAGAAGUAUCUUGCAUCCCAUGAGAGAAAAUCAGGAGAUUCAAAAACAGCUGUUAAGAGUUACCAUAGACAUUUAUUUGAUAAAUUGGAGAGCAUUAUGACUGCAAAGAACGUAUCAGUGUUGAGUGGCAUAGGACAACUGUUUCACCUGCUUGUUGAUCGAGUAAGCAAACAAAAAGGAGUUUCAGUUUUUUCUGAAAGUGCCAAGAGUGUAGGGAAAAAUGGAGCUUCAAUGCAGUUGGAAAAGAAUGUAUUAGGUCAUGUUUCUGUAGAUUCAUUUGGGAGUAGUAGUGCACUUCCAGACAAGAGUUAUUCUGCAAGUAAUUUGAAUGCAGAAACUAGAAAGUCACUUUUUGAAUUUUUUAUACAGAUUAUGGAGCCUCUGUUGUUUGAGAUGAAUGGAUAUGUUCAAGCUAAACUGGUACCGGGGCUUGCAUUGUUGGAUGUUUGUUGCACACUCAAAUCUAUUAACAGUUUACUUUCCAGCUUUGCGCAUGAAAAAGUAUAUCUAAGAACGGAGGAUAUCUCCGAAGGAGCUUGCUUCAAUUUCUUGACGAAGGUUCAUGGUGCAGUUAUGUCAUUUGCUGCCAGUUUGUCAAAUUGUGACAUAGCUCAUGGGACACAGAAGGAGAUGUUCAGUUCUUUGGCCAGGGAACUGCUUGUUUCUGUGGGGUACCUUUUAGAUAUUGAAUAUCAGGUUAUUGGAAAUGAUUUAGAAAGCUUGUGGCUCAUGAUGCUUUCUUACUUAGCCAUUGGCCUUUCUUCUGUGGAUGCACCAGAUCAGUGCUUGUUAACUACCCCAAUACUAGACCUUGGAUGCCAGUUAAUUAAUCUCUAUGGCGAACUUCGCCAGGUGAAUAAUGUUGUCUUUGCACUGUGCAAAGCAGUGAGGCUUUUAGUAUCACGUGACAACAAUGGUGAAACCAGUUAUAGUAGAUUUCUGUCUGGUAUGAAUUCUUUACCUUGUCAAGCAUAUGCAAAAUCAGUGGAGGUGCUAUCAUGCUCACAAGAAUUUAAAUUCUCCAUUCAAAAUGCUAUUAGAUCCAUGCCAGAAGGGCAAGGAAGUGGAUGUAUUCGACAGUUAACUGCAGAUAUAUCUGAAUCCAUGAAUUGGAUGAAAGAAAGUUGUGCAGUGGCUGAUGGAAAAGAAUUCAACAACUUGAAAGCAAGAGAUUGUGCCAUUCUGGGUUUUGAUCUGCAAGCAGAACUUUUGGGAAGAGAUUUGUCUGAAAUCUACCUGCUAGUGCUAGAUUCACUUAUUGUCACUACAGGAAACAGUAAUCUUGUUGGGCUUUCUAUAAAGGACCUGAUGACUGUAAUUUGUCCUUUCAUUAAUGGACUGGUACAGCUGCAGGUAGACAGUGUCAAUGAUUUCCUUUUUUCUGUAACAGGAAGAACUUUCAAGAAUGGAAUGUCUGGAAAUAAUAAUGAUUCGCUGAAAUGUGGAUUAUCAGCUAAGUGGAUCUUUGUAUUCUUCUUUCGGUUGUAUGUGUCCUGCCGAAGCCUAUACAAGCAAGCAAUUAGCCUUAUGCCCCCUGAUUCAUCUAAAAAGAUGUCAGCUACGAUGGGAGAUUCCUUAAUGGCAUACUCUGGGAGGGAUUGGAUGGAGAAGACUGAUUGGACUGAUGAAGGCUAUUUUUCUUGGGGCGUUCAACCUUCAAAUUCUCUUAUUAAUGUUAUAAAUUUUUUUUCAGACAUUUAUAUUAAGGACGAUGUUGCAGAAUGCUGCCCUCUGAUAUAUGUAUUGCUUACUAUGGCACUUCAGAGGCUUGUCGAUUUGAACAGGCAAAUAAAGUCUCUCGAAUAUUUACUGCAGAAUAAUGAAAAUGCAGUCCAAUUCAACUUGCUUGGUAAAUCUGACUUGUCACAGUAUCGCAAGAAGUGCAAAAAGUGGAGAAAGCGCAUCUCAGUUUUGAAUAAAGAGGCAGCAGUUCUUACUGAAUUCAUGAUGGGAUAUGUCUCAUUGGUGGAAAAUAUGCAUCCUGUAAUCUCCAGCUCUGAUGAUGUAUCUUUUGAGGAUAAAUGUGUCCAAGAGCUGCACGCAAGUGAUAAAUGGAAUAUGAGUGUUUGUGCUAUGGAUGAAAAAUCAUUGCCCACUGCAGUUUGGUGGAUUGUUAGCCAAAAUAUUGAUAUUUGGUGCACUCAUGCUGCAUCUAAGAAGUUAAAGAUGUUCCUUUCAGUUUUAAUUCAUACUUCCUGUUCUUGUGUAACAAACAACUUUUCCAGUUUUGGAAAGCACAGCAUAAAUGAGGCUGGCCAUUUGAAAGCAGUGACUGUGCAUCAAAUCUCGGCUGAACUUCUGAGAGACUCCUUUCUGUAUGAACAUAAGUUUGUUCGCAGGAAUUUGGCAUCAAGAUUUUGUCAUUUAUUGGAGCAAUCAUCGUUGUCAUUAUUCAGUGAUUUUUCAAUCAGAGAUGUUGAUUUCCGUACAUCACCUAAUUGGACAACAAUUUUAAGUGAAAUUGAAAAGUCAUCACUGGUUGUUUCAGGCACCAAAAAUGUUUCAAGUGAUUCAAUUUCAGUGGCAAAAUCAGUUUCUCAUUCACUUGAUAAGCUACCUAAAACAGUUUGCAAGGAAAAAAAGGCCGUCAAAUUUGCCAGCAUGAAAUUUACAGCUUGUCAGAGUUUGCUUAAUCUUUUAUGUUGGAUGCCUAAAGCAUAUUUGAACUCAAAAUCAUUCUCACUUUAUACGACUUGUAUACUCAAUCUUGAAAGGAUUUUGGUUGGCUGUUUGUUAAAAUGUCAUGAUGCAUUGUUCUCCUGUAGUCGUUACGACUUCUUCAGAUUGUUUGUGUCCUGUCGUAGGACCUUGAAAUAUAUAAUUAUGGCAUCUUGUGAAGAAAAGACAGAAGAUAGUCAAUCAUCACCAAUUCCGAUGCUCUCUGAGGGUUCAGAUUUUGUUUUGUGGCUUUUCAAGUCAGUGUUUCUGGUAAUUGGACUUCAAGAAGCACUUUCAGAUGAUGGCUCUAGUGAAAUCAGAGAUAUGAUCUUUUCACUGAUAGACCACACAUCGUACAUAUUCUUGACAUUAAGUAAAUACCAUUUAAAUAGUGCAGUUAAUUCGUUUAUAUUAUUUGAUCAGCCUUGCAAAGGGAAACCCAGUUCUGAAGUUUUUCAUGAACAGAAUAAUUUAAAGGAGAGUGGUCCCUGUCUUGAUUCUUUCAAAGAAUUUGAAGCUUGGAAAAGCAUGUUCCUUGUUAUGGAUAGUUUAGAGGAACAGGCACAAAACUUACUUGUGUCUUUGAAGGAUGCACUUUGUGAUAGAAAAGUGGGAGUUUGUGGUAAAGUUGUUAAUUUGAAUAAAUUAUCUUCUCUAGUUUCGUGCUUUAGUGGGAUUCUGUGGGGCUUAGCAUCUGCUGCAAAUCACAGUGAUGAAAAAAAUGGUGAUAAACUGAAAUUGUUAAGGUGGAAGUGUGAACCUAUCUCUAAACUAAACCAUUAUAUCGAUGUAUUUGCUGAUGUUACUUCUUCAUUUUUGAACAUUUUGGUUGUUGAGCAAACCUUUCAGAAGUUGGACUACGGCGAGGAUCCGCCAACAUCUGGGGAGUUUUUUCUUGAAAGAUGUGAUGCAAUGACUGAGAACUUAGGAACUUUGAGGACAUGUGCAGAAUCAGUUGGUAUUGAUGAGGACUCAAGGACAAUGGUUGUUCAUAAUAAUAGGUCAGAGUUGGAAGAUGCAAACUCUCCUGCCACUGUUCUCGCUAAUAAUGAUUUACUUGAGCUUCAAUGUUUUAACAGGCAUUUGUUGCAUGGUUUGCUGAAAGGUGAUCAUCCUGAGGCAGCUUUUUCUCUGAGACGGCUAUUAAUUGCUUCUUCUGCUAUUUUGAGACUAAAUCUGCAGAGGAGUAGAACUCCCUUCUCUUCAGGCUUAGUGCCCACUUUUAUUGGCAUUUCAGAAUUCUUGUUGUUGCAGUUGGCAGACAUGAUUGAGGUGCCACAACCAUUUACUUUUGUUUGGCUAGAUGGUGUUCUGAGUUAUCUAGAAGAAUUAGGGAACCACUUCCCUUUAACUAAUCCGAUGUUGACUAGAAAUGUGUACACCAGGCUGAUAGAGUUACACUUAAGAGCGAUAGGAAAAUGCAUAUCUUUGCAGGGAAAGAAAGCUACUUUAGCAUCUCAUGAGACUGAAUCAAGUACUAAAAUACUUGAUUGUAGUAUGGACUUAUCUGAAGCAUCUCUUUCUCAUGGACCAUAUUGCUUGGAUGAGUUUAAAGCUAGGUUGAGGAUGUCUUUCAAAGUGUUCAUAAAGAAACCAUCGGAUUUGCACCUGUUAUCUGCAGUAAAGGCUAUAGAGAGAUCACUAGUGGGAGUGCAAGGAGGCUGCUCAGUGACCUACAAUAUAAGUACUGGAAGUGGAGAUGGUGGCAAGGUGUCCUCAAUUGUUGCAGCUGGCAUUGACUCCUUGGAUCUAGUUCUAGAAUAUGUUUCAGGUCGUAAACGGCUAGGCGUGGUUAAAAGGCAUAUCCAGAACUUUAUCGCUGCCCUGUUCAAUGUUGUUGUGCACUUGCAGAGUCCAUUAAUUUUCUAUGGAAAGCCAGCAAGUAAUGAUGGUAAUAAUGGACCAGAUCCAGGAUCAGUGAUUCUUAUGUGCGUUGAAGUGCUGACAAGAAUUUCUGGAAAACAUGCUUUGUUCCAAAUGGAUUCCUGGCAUGUAGCCCAGUCUAUACGCAUCCCUGCAGCACUUUUUCAGGAUAUAUGUCAACUUAGACUCCCACAGGCCCCAGUUCAAUCUACUCCUGCAAUGUAUUCAGAUAAGCAAAACAGUAAGAAUGUUGCUAGCAUGAAUUCCUGGUCUGUGGAUCGGCAAUUCUCGAUAAGCCUAUUUGCUGCAUGUUGCAAGCUGUUGUAUACGAUCCUGAAGCAUCACAAAAGUGAGUGUGAGCAGUGCAUUGCUCUACUUGAAGAAUCUGUUCGUGUUCUUCUUCAUUGUUUGGAGACAGUGGAUACUGAUUUAGUGGUCAGAAAAGGUUAUUUCUCAUGGGAAGUACAGGAGGGCGUAAAGUGCGCUUGUUUUCUCCGAAGGAUUUAUGAAGAGGUAAGACAACAAAAAGAUGUUUUCGGCCGGCACUGUUUCAAGUUUUUAUCAAAUUACAUAUGGGUUUAUUCAGGAUAUGGUCCCCUCAAAACUGGCAUCAGAAGGGAAAUAGAUGAAGCUCUGAAACCAGGUGUAUAUGCUUUAAUAGAUGCUUGCUCUGCUGAUGAUCUUCAAUAUCUUCAUACUGUAUUUGGAGAGGGUCCUUGCAGAAACACUCUAGCAACUUUGCAGCACGAUUACAAACUGAAUUUCCGAUAUGAAGGAAAGGUCUGAUCUCCAUUUUUCUUCAGGUGGGAUAUAUUGGCAAAUAUUAGUUUGGACCAUCAAUACUUCUAACAUCUUUUAAGAUAGCAUCAUGAGAUUGUAACAAUUAUGCGAAGCACACUAUGUUCUAAAUUAACGCCACAAUGGCUUUUUCUGUUGAGAGUGUGUCUAUUCCCUCAGACUGUAACCGGGUGCAGUGAUUUUUCAUUCAGCUCCUGGCAGCUGACUUGGAUAAUCACGCACAUUUUUGUUAGUCUUAGGUACAUGUUAACCCAAAAGUAUACGAAAUGGUAUAAAGUCUUGCCACCACUGUGAUCCGAACUGUAUAUAUAGUUUUACUAAUCUGCAAAUUGGUUUGUUUACAU